AUGUCGGUGAACGAUCAGCCCCCCUCCGCGGAUACUUCACUCUCCCACACGAGCCAAGCCUGGGCAUCCGACCUGGACAUUCUCAACCACCGAUUGAAACGCCUCUCCGACAACGUGCUCCCCCUCCAUCCCUACCUCCUCACCCUCCCGACGAAUGCGCCGUUCCGUCUCGGGUCCCGCUCCGCCAACAGCAAUUGGGCCGUGGGACAUGACCGUCCCUUCAGCCCCGACGAGCAGCAACUUCAGUAUAUGACCUUUCUGACACACCACGACACCGAUUCAUUGCUGGCAGCAGUGGGUGAUUGGUCCGACGAGUCGGGUCGCAUGAUGCUUGAUCACCCUCCGGGCCCGAGGACAACCACCGAGCACCAGCCCCGAGACACCGUGGCCAAGAAGAAGAUUAGCUUGAACGACUACAAGAACCAGAAGACAAGUGGAGCUGCCCCAUCACCUUCACCUGCAAUUCAUGAUCAGAGAGGCCGGGAUCGUUCCAACUCGGACCGGCACGACAACACACCACGCGCUCCCAACCCUGACCCUGUUAAGAAGCUCGAGAAACACGAGAAGCCCCAACCACAGCUUCAAAAUCCCCCGAAACCACCUCCAGACCUGCCUCCGGCCAAACCAGCCAAGAAGCGGCCUCCAACAACGGAUACUGAGCAAGGGAAUUCACACGCGACCAAGAAUUCCAACAUGCAUUCCUCCAAGAAACCGCGAUUAUCGCCUGAAAAAGAGUCGCGCAAGGAAUCCACCCUCGCUAAAACACUCCCAAUUCUUCUCUCUCCCACACUCCCCCUUCACCCGGUCCAGAUCAUUGAAAAGGAGCUCGCGCAGCUCAAGGAAAGUUCUCCCGGCCAAAGCUCCCCGAGGCGUGACAAUGCAACAGUAAAACCAAAGCGAGACGAUACAGGUCGCUCGCGAACGCCCACAUCCGCCAAUAGUGGCAGUAAUUCAAGUCUACAAAACAGCCGCGCCGGCGCCUCGGCAAAGGAUUCCCACUCCUCCCGGCUAAGUUUGAUCGUGAAACUGCGCUACGGAAAGGUGAACCGAAAACGAGUUGACGGCCUGCUCAAACUUUCUGGUAAAAAGAAAGCCCACCGUGCGGAUUCACCGUCGGGUCAAGACACGGAUCUGGACGAAGCUCCCCUUGUUGAACGGAGAAAGGACCCGGGACCUAAACGUGGAAAUCCGCCAUCAGAUCGAGUCAAGCCCAAAACCAAGCAUGAGGCCGCUGAAACGACGCCUGGCCCCAGCGGUAACAAUGCUCGCCUGAAGGAACCGAGACCAUCGGUUGAGAAACCUCAUCUACCUACUCCCGACAGAGUCAAGACGACCUCGUUGACACCCGUCAAAGAUCUCAAGGGCUAUGGAAACCGCCGAAACGAUCUUGCAGAUGGCGAAGGCAAAACACCCGUCAACCCAGCGACGAAACGGCUUUCGGUUGAUCCAGGCAGCAAAGGAUCACCCUCCCAGCCAGAUCGUUCCCGCAAUCACGAGCGACGAGAUCAGGAGCGGAGGGCCUGGCAGGAUGACUUUAAGAAUCAUACCAAGAUGGGUCGAGACUUGAAACAUGCCGCCGAUCGAUAUAACAACGGACCCUCCAUUACGGAUGAAAAGCUCGCCGCUGUGACUGCUAUCGAAGCCACCAUGUGCUUUGUACUUGCCUUUGUGGCGGACGAUCAAGCGAAAGUCCUUUCUCGGCAGGGUGGAGACUCAUCUGCCUGGCGCUCUAUUAUACCGUAUUGGCGCGCUGUCAAGAAAAACACCGCCUCUUUCCCCGUCUUGCAUAGUUUGUGCCAGCUCCUGGGUGCAGUUUCUUACGACACCAUUCAUGCUUUGGAUCUCGAACGUCUCGCCGUUACACCUCUCCCUGGAGAACAUACGCCAGUACCCACUCCAGGCAGCGAUGGCAAUACCGUGCUGGCAGACGAGAAUAAGAAAAGUCUCAAGGAAUUUGCGGAGCUGAAAAGCCGCCUUCUAGAAUACUACAAGGAGUCGCAGAAGUUGUGGCUCGAUGGUUCUCGCGGUUUAUCUGAGGAUGUCUUGAGCCGAGACUUUCCUACCACCUGGUCCCGACGCUCCCAUCAUUAUGCUGAGCGAGGCAAGGCAUCUUUCAAGCCAGGUGACUAUUCUGGUGAUUAUUUUCUUCCUUUGGGAGCGGCCACCCCACCCAUCGAAGUGGUGCGCUUCGGCUUGUCUCUCUUGAAGGAAUGGUGCAAGCAAGAAGGCGUGGAGUGGCAAGGCCGGCUAGGCCUUUGA